UCCUUCUGCGCAUGGUCGUGAAUGCGUAUGAUUAUGUGCGGAAGACGCAGGUGGGCAUCUAGGGGCCAUCUAGAUAUCUACAGAGGCUGUGGUGUGUGCGCCGAGCGAUGCUCGAGUGAGGGCAGGGUCUAGGGAAUUUACGGCCGUGGAGCCGUCGGCACGCCACGUGAGACGGUGCCGCGGGCCCUUGGAUUAGGGGACUAGGUGACGGUACAACCAGGGAGAGGCGAGAGACGAUAGAGACGAGAAGCGUCGUGGAAACGAGGGAAUGGUUGGAGACGUGGCUCAGGCAGCGAUCGGCUCGGCGGUGGAGCGCUCCUCGUGGCUGCUGCCGCUGCUCUCCCAGCGCGAGAGGGCCGAGAAGAGAUGGCCGCUCUCGCGCGCCGAGAUCUGGGAGAUGUAGGCGUCGCCGGCCACGCUCGGCAGCGACGCGUAGCCGCUGGCGCCCGACGAGGCCGACGCGGGCGCGUCGUAGCGCGGAUGCCGCAGCGGCAGACGCAGCGGCGGGAGCGGCGAGGACUGCGCCAGGAGCGGCGAAGGAGGCGCAGAGACCUCGAUUGUCGGCACCGGCGAGGCGAGCGGCGAGGCCGGCAGCGCGCUGCAGCGGCGCGGCGGCGAGGACGACGCGGCCUUGGUAGCGCGCUUGCCGCUGUCGGGCGACGUGCGCGGCGAGGUCGUGGAAGCGGCGGCAGUGGCGGCAGCGGCGGCGUCGUGCUUGCUGCUGCCAGUGGUGCCGGUGAAGCUCUUGAAGAUGCGCAUGGCCGUGAGGCUGGGCUUGGCCUUGCUCUUGACGGGUGCGGCUGCGGCCACGGCUGCGGCGGGCUUGGGCGACGGCGGCGCCGAGCGCAGCGACUCGGAGCUGGCGGCGCGGCCGAAGCGCGGGCGCUCACCCACCACGGCGGCGGCGAGGGCCUUUGUGCGCUGCACGGGCGACGAGGGCACGGUGCGGCGGCCCGACGAGUCCUCGCUGCCGCGGCGGCUCAGCGGCGGCGACGCGGGCAUGUCGGGCAGCGCCUGGCGCGCCAGGUGGGCGCUGCGCUCGAGGCGCGCCAGCGGACGCAGGCCGACGUCGCGCUCGACGGCGCGCAGCUCGGCCUCGUCGCCGUCGCUGCCGGGGCUGGCGCUGCCGCUGCUGCUGCUGCUGCCGGCGGCGCCGACGAGUGCGGUACGGCGGCGCGCACGCAUCCACGCGCCCAGCACGGCGCCGAGCACGCGCAGGCUCUCGCUCGUGAGGUGCUCGGCGGGCGCAUCCUCGGGCGCCGGCGACGGCGGCGUGACAAAGACGCGCCCGGGCCCCGCACCGGCGGGCGCGUCGGCGUCGAGGCUCAUGGGCCACGCAUACAGCGCCUGGCUGCCGGCGUGCAGCAGCGUGACGACGAGGGAGCGGCUGCGCUGCGCGUCGCGCGCGACGGCCAGCAGCGCCCAGGCGUGCGGCUCGAAGCCGGCGGCCGCGACCGGUGCGGCGGCGGCGCGCGAGAGGAGGAUGGGCGACGGCGGCGUGCGGCAGGCGGCGCGCAGCACGGGCGACGCCAGCGGCGACGAGACGGCCGGCACACUCGAGACGCUGCUCGACGGCGACAUGCGCGCGACGGCGCGCGCCGAGGGCAGGCUGUAGAGGUGCGGCGACACGGGCUCCAUGCUGGGCGCGCGGCGGUGCGCCGGCGAGGAGGGGUGUGCGGUGAGGCCAGCGGAGGAGGUGGGCGGGAGGCAGGAGGUGCGGUGAGAAGUGCGGGUAGAAGAGGCGCCGCUGGCCUGGCCUGGCUUUGGCUGCGCUGCGCCGCGCCGCCGCGUCAGGUUCUCUCGCAGGCGCGCAAAGAUCUGCGGCGCAUGGCUGGCGGCGCAUCAAACGUGCGGCGUCCUCGCCUUGCGCGUGCGCCUCGCACCGCUGCGCCUGCUUGCUCUCUCUGACGUGCUCGUCGUCGUCGCUGCGCACCGCCAGACGCACCGCUCACACCCGCGCAUCGGCGUCGCCGUCGAGCAUCCUGAUCCUGGGUCGCGGG